AUAACUUGCAGCUAUCAGUGGUGAAGUAGGAUCUGCACGUAUUUUGUGGAAAAUAAUGUGAUGAUUGAUUGUCUUAGAAUGAAAAGAGCUUUCAGCACUUUGUCAAAGUUGCAUAAAGCCAUGAGAGCUGUUCGAAUACACAAAUUUGGUGGUCCUGAUAAUUUGAAAUUAGAGGAUAUUCCAGUUCCAUCGUUUAGAGAUUCUGAAGUUUUGGUUCGUGUGAAUGCAGCUGGUAUAAAUCCAGUUGACACAUAUAUCAGAGAAGGUGCAUAUGCUACUUUACCAAAAUUGCCAGCAAUAUUGGGAAGAGAAGUAGCAGGAAUAGUGGAAGAUGUUGGAGAUGGUGUGAGCAAUUUAAAGAAAGGUGACAGGGUGUUUGCCUUGCUGCCUGAGAAUGGAGGUUAUGCUGAGUUUGUGGCGUGCAAGGAGGAAAAUGUAUAUCCUUUGUCAGAGAAACUGAGUUUCAGCCAAGGAAGUGGCCUGUGCAUUCCGUACUUCACUGCCUACAGAGCUUUGGUUACCAAAUGCCGUAUCAAGCCUGGAGAAAUCCUUCUGGUGCAUGGCGCAAGUGGUGCAGUGGGGAUUGCAGCUGUACAGAUAGCUAAGGCUUAUGGUCUGACUGUUGCUGGUACGGCUGGCACCAUCGAAGGAAUGGACGUGGUAAAGAAAGUUGGAGCCGAUCACGUAUUUAACCACAGAGAGAAAGGUUACUUGAAUAACGCAGUAGCCGCAAUCGGUGGUCACGGUUUUAACGUGGUUCUUGAAAAUUUGGCCAACGUAAAUCUUGGAGCAGAUUUGACGGUGCUUAAUCAACAAGCACGAGUUGCUGUGGUUGGGUGUCGAGGCAUUGUGGAAGUGAACCCACGGUCUCUUAUGCUAACUGAAGGCAGCAUAAUUGGUGUUAUGCUUGCUGGAGCAACUGCGGAGGAGACACAAGAGACAGCUGAAGUGAUUUUAAGGGGGAUCGAAUCUGGUUGGGUGAAUCCAGUAAUCUCACGGGAGUACAAGCUGGACGAAGCCACAGAAGCCCAUCAUGAUAUCAUCCGCACUACCGGAGCCAGGGGAAAGCUGGUCUUCAAACUGUAACCUGAAGCAAGCGCCGGACCAGCCCCACAUACAGGUUCUGCUGAGGCUCAUGUCUAGACUUCCUCAGUGUUCAGCGACUAUGAAGCCUGUUUUCUACGGAAUCACUGAUAGGUUGUGAAGUGCUAUUGUAAAUUAUUUUAUGCAUUAUAGAAUAUCUCUUGUAAGUCACAGUUCCACAGUGAAGCCUAUCUACUCUGUGUACCAGGGUAUGUCAUGCCUCAUGUAGGAAGUCUUGUAGAAGGAACCCCCCCCCCUCCCCGUGUAAGUAUGUAUGAAUACCGGAAGUGCGCUGCAAAUAGAAUUUAGUAACUUGACAUUAUGGUUCAUGUCACUAACGGACUAUGAUGCACCCUUGUUCCCAUAGUAGAUAGAGUGUGCUAUGGUAUUACAGCAACAUGAAACCAAAGGGCGGUAUCACAGACAUAACAAAGGGGGUGGGUUCGAAUCGCCCAAGCUGAUUACAGUGUAAUGUUGCCACUGUGUCAUCUUCCAUCCCCAGUUUGAGAGACAGGCACACAUGACUCUGUUUGGCUUUCUUGUGUUUAAAGAAAAGGGUAUUAAAGUGUGGAUUGGAUUCAGCUGGCUCAAGAUAUGGUCCAGCGAUGGCACAGUAGUGAACCUGUGGAUUCCAUAAAAGGCUGGGAAUUUCAUGGUGGUCAGCUUUCCAAGAAGUCUCCUCCUGUGUGGAGUAAGUGACUUACUGUUUCAUGGGAGUCAGCUUCAUGAAGUGUACUGCAGUCUGUGAAUAUAGGUUGGAAAUAUUUUAUUUUAUUUGUCCUUUUGCUUUGCCAAAGGAGCAUGAAAACAAAGUGUGAAAGUAGGGAUUUUUUAAGAAUGUGGUUUUAGCUUCUGUCCACUAUCACUGCUAUUAAAAAGUGCUAGAUUUCAGAAAUUAAUUCUGUAUCCGUUAUCAGGUGAACAGAUACUUAAGUCUGUAGACUACUGUCUUCCGGGAUGUGGCCGUGAGUAGUCGUGUAGAAGUGUACUGACAUUUGGAAGAAUGUCCGGUCUCCACUUCACAGUGGAAGAGUGAGUGAAUCAAGCAACUAGCAAGGAGGGAGCCGCAAGAAGAAUGAGUCUGAAAUGCCAGUAAACCUCUACCACGCUACACGGUGUCACAUCAGCGAAGACAGUUCCCUUCAUUGUCACUGCCAUGAGAACCUCAGAUUAAACAGUCUGCUCUGCUGGGUGGGCCUGCAAAUACAGCUGUUGCAUUAGGCUCCGGUCUGUGAUCUUAAGGGCCCAACAUAGAUUUGAAGUUCUCAUAGUGUUGACUAUGAAGAUUACUGUUGUCUGCAGUCUGAUACCAUUUGCUACAGUAGGUCAUUGCCAGCACUUUGGGCUGUCCUACUGUAGCCUUGUAGAGCAUUACCAGUAUGACAGAUGAACCUUCAAAUUGCUGUACCCUUGGAAAAUGGCCCUUUCCAGGGCCAAUGUACUUUACGCUGUUCUUUGUGCUGUUGGUUCGCGCUGGGUCCCUGUUCUUCAUAUUACUGUAUACGUUCCACUUUUUCCCAUGCAAGUUCCUCCAAAACAAUACUAAAAAUCUACUAGGCUGCAUGGCGUCAAAAAGGACGAUGGGUGAAGUUUGAAUGAAUAAUUUUAGUAUGUCACGCUGUCAUCAAAUAAACUUAGUUUAGAGGAUUUGUAUUUAAAAUGGUUACAAGGUUGAAGAGGUACUGACUUCAUUUUUAUUUAUGCAUUAUUUUCCCCACUGUUUUGUAUAAACGAGACAACUGAUUUAACAAAUGUAGAGGAGGGAAGAUGCACCGACUAUCUUGCAAGGGCCUGUAAUUCACGUUACACAUAAUAUUGAACUAUUAAGUUUUCAUACUUAGUGUAUGAAAGUCUAGGAGUAAAGUGAGGUCUGAGGUUCUCAUGGCAGUAACUGCUAUGUCUUCAGUGACAGGACAUUGUUAUAGUCUGAGAAAGGCAUUUACUGACAUCUCAAAGGAAUGUUCCUGCCUCCGUCCACAAAACCAAAGACUGCCUAAGACCCUAAAGAUGGACAACAUACAUUUCUCUGAAAUGUCAAUAAAUUUAUACCAGAUUACAUGUUGUUACCCUCCCAGAAUAUGUUUGCUGUUCUAGGAAUGAUGUUGGCCAUUCCUGGCACAGUCAUGAAAUUCUGGGGUCGUGUCAUGAAAGACAGGCACGGAAAGUUUAAAAAAAUUGUGACAGGAAGGUAGACACUUGUUACAAGACCAAAUUAUUAAUAAAGAAGUAUUCAGGAUGCAAA